ACACAAACAUCCCCUAGACCAGAGUCCAGACAUCUCUAAGCUAGCUGCAACACAACUCUGAAAUUUUUGUGAGUAUUUGGAUGAUGAAUUCUCGUGUCGUUCGAAGCGUUUCAGAAUGUUUUAUCAAACCGUUGGGCCAAGCUAAAGAGUCAAACCUAAUAUGUCAUUUAACACCAUGGGAUAUUGCUAUGAUGUCUUUGCACUACAUCCAGAAAGGUCUACUCUUCAAGAAGCCUGCAACACUUGUUGAUCCACAAGAUUUCAUGGAGAAUCUGUUAGAGAAGCUGAAACACUCUCUUUCUCUCACCCUCUUCCAUUUCUAUCCUUUGGCAGGCCAACUUGUCACCCAAAAAACCCAAGACCCUCCCUCUUAUACUAUUUUUGUCGAUUGCAACAACACUAGUGGAGCCAGAUUCAUCUAUGCAACUUUGGAUAUCACUAUAUCUGACAUACUCUCCCCAGUUGAUGUCCCACCCAUUGUUCACUCAUUCUUUGACCAUCACAAAGCAGUCAACCAUGAUGGCCACACCAUGCCACUGUUGUCCAUCCAAGUCACUGAACUAUUGGAUGGUGUUUUCAUAGGCUGUUCCAUGAACCAUACCAUAGGUGAUGGCACUUCUUAUUGGAAUUUCUUUAACACAUGGUCUGAGAUCUUUUUUCAAACUCAAGCUCAAGGGCUUGAAUAUGAUGCUACUGUUCCCAUUUCACGCCACCCUAUUCAUAAUAGGUGGUUUCCAGAUGGUUGUGGUCCAUUAAUCAAUCUUCCCUUCAAACAUGAGGACGAGUUUAUUGACAGAUUUGAAUCACCAAAGCUGAGAGUGAGAAUCUUCCACUUUUCAGCAGAGUCUAUUGCAAAGCUGAAAGCAAGGGCUAACUCUGAGUCCAAAUCCAAAACCAGCGAAAUCUCUUCGUUCCAAUCCUUAUCAGCGCAUGUUUGGAGAUCCGUAACACGAGCACGGAAGCUGCCAAAUGAUGAGAUAACAAGUUGCAAAUUGGCCAUAAGCAAUCGAUCAAGAUUGGAACCGCCUCUUCCACAUGAGUACUUUGGAAACGCAGUUGAUGUGGUGAGCACUGCAGGGUUCACGGCAGGGGAAUUGCUUGAGAAGGAUCUAGGAUGGGCAGCAUGGAAGGUGCACGUGGCUGUUGCGAACCAAAACGACAAAGCGGUGAGACAAAAGCUCAAAGAGUGGUUGAAGCUUCCUGUGGUGUACCAACUUGGUGUGCACUUUGAUCCUUGUACUGUGACCAUGUCGAGUUCCCCGAGGUUCAACAUGUAUGGGAAUGAAUUUGGGAUGGGGAAAGCGAUUGCAGUUCUGAGUGGAUAUGCCAACAAAAAUGAUGGGAACGUGACAGCAUACCAAGGAUAUGAAGGAGAGGGAAGCAUAGAUUUGGAAAUUUGCCUUUCGCCUGAUGCAGUGAGCGCGCUGGAAUCAGAUGAGGAGUUUAUGGAAGCUGCUUCUGUGGCCAAUUUCCUACACUAGAUAGUGAAAGCUUUUUGAGAGGCUAUGAGAUUCAUUAAUUCACAAAGCGCUCUCUGCCACCGUUUCACUCACUCUGCUCUCUUCGACUCUUCUAAAGUGGAUUAUGGGAAAAUCACAUUUACUGGUUAGAUGAGAGAUCUGACAAUAGAAUUAGUUAGCACGCUGUACAUUUUAAGCUUUGUGUGUAAGAGAGACUGGCCCAGCGUGUGUAGGAACAUCAUAUGGUUAAGAUCUCUUAGUCUUAUGUUGAAAUUAUGCAUCAAUCGAGGAGAAAGAUUUUAAAUGUUGAGUACUGCCAGAAAGAAUUGGGAGAAAUGUAGAGGAAGGAUCACUUGGAGCCAUUUGGGAGAAAUAUUCAGCAGAUCUUCAAUUCGGUUCGGGCAAGCAGAUUUUUCUUCCGUGACUAAUGAACGGCACUUGGCUCCCGAGUAAUAAAGUUAAAGCAUCCGUACUUUGGUUCGUAAAAAGUGAAAAUUUCUAAUUUGAAUGUUUGAUUUUAAAACAUAAGUUAAAUUAGAUUAUUCAUCUUCUCAUCUGAAUUA